AUGCCGAAGUCCUUUCUGAUAAAACGUCGUAGAUCAGCAGAGCUAGGAACACGGAAUUGGGGGGAACUCUCUGACCGGCUCCGGGGGGACUCGUACGUACCAGAGACCAGAGCAGUCCCGGCUCUCGUUCACCCCACAAUUCUCAGCCUCAGCAGCAGGAGCGAGUGGAUUGGCAGAGACCCCCACCACCUGGUCCAAAACCCACUUUAUUUGCCCUCACCUGCUGUGGGGAAGCAUCUUCCGCAGAACAAGUCUGGGUCUGUAUCAUGUGCCACUCCUCCCUCCUCUUUGCAGGGCAGGGGUCUCCCCCUGCAGGUGGGCUUCCAGUGCUCCGUCUGCAGCAAACGCUUCCCGCUGCAGCGCAUGCUGAACCGCCACAGCAAAAGCCACAGCCCUGUCAAGAAGCACCUGUGCCACUAUUGCAGCAAAGGUUUCAAUGACACCUUCGACCUCAAGAGGCACCUGAGGACGCACACAGGCAUCCGUCCAUACCGCUGUUGCCUCUGCGACAAAGGCUUCACCCAGCGCUGCUCCCUGGAGUCUCACCUGAAGAAAAUCCACUGCGUCCCCCAGACCUACGGCUACCGGGAACGCCGGGAAAAGCUCUUUGUGUGCGAGCACUGCGGCUUUACCUGCGGCACCAGCGACGAGUACUACAGGCAUACACGCCGGGGCCACUCCGCAGGGCUCCACCUGGGGGAAGACUUCCCCAAGCCUGGACCAGCAGCUUUUCUGCCUCAAUUGCACCUUCUACUCGGAUAG